AUGACGCCAAGAACGACAUCUACCGACCCGUUCGACAAUGAACAUCCCGCCCGGAACUCUGAUGACGAUGAAGAGCGACCGACUCACACUUCUGAGAUAGGGACUCUCAAAAAGCUUCCGAACCAAAGUGGCACUGCAUGGCUGGGAAGUUCGAGUGGUGUGUACUUCGUCAACACUGUCCGUAGGGCAUUUGCGCAAGCAUUUGCAAGCUCUCAAGCCUUGCCUGCCAGCGAAGACAUCUUGACUGGCGAAGAUUCGGAGGGACGAAGUUACAAUGGACCUAUCGUCGACGGUCCAUCAACCACGGAUGGCUUCCCAAAGCUUCUAUCAACGUCCUUAGGGACUAUGCCUGACAGGAAGAUUGCUAUUGAGUUGGCCAGCAGCUUCUUCAGGGUCUGGCACCCAGUCUUUCCGUUCCUUCACGGCCCUUCUUUUCUCAAGGAUAUGGAGAUAUUAUACACAAAGCCAACGCCGCCGACGUUUUCUGGUGCACGCAAUGGUCGGACUGUGCAACCUGUUCUUGAUCUGAGGAAGGUCAUCACUUUCCAACUCAUCAUCAACAUUGCAGCUCUCGAUCGGACAGAUAUCACACUUCCACCCGAGUCCAGGAUCCAAUCCACGGCUGAUGUGACGAGGGUGGCAGGAUCGAUGGCACUGGAUCAUGAUUUGGCUACUCUACAGACCAUGCUUGCAGCGCAGCUAUACCUUGUUGCGACUCUCGCAAUUCGCGCAGCCUCAACAAUUGGUGGCACAAUAGUCAAGCUUAUCUAUCACGCUGGACUGCAUCGUUGUCCCCUACGCUACGCCCAGCUGACUGCAGAAGAAUGUGAGAUAAGGAAGCGAAUAUUCUGGUCGGCCUACGCCCUAGAUCGCCACUGUUCGCUAUCACUAGGCGAUCCGAAUACCAUUCAGGACGACGACAUCGAUGUGUGCUUCCGACGAAAUGCACAUGCAUAUGCCGAAAGCCGGGCCCCGGAUUCCGCCGCCUCGCCCACAGAUGACGAAAAUCAAGGGCCCGAAACACGCGAGAAAUCACUUCGGGAGGCCGCUUUGAUCAGCUACGUGCACUGGUCGAAGUUGACCGGGCGUAUUAUUGAGAUAUUUCACAAGUCCAUUAACCAUCGAUUCCCGAAGCACGAGCAGAUCGUCUACCUGACAUCCGACAUCGAAACCUGGUGGAAUGAUCUACCUUUCUUCCUCACAGGAGAGGAGCCUCAGCAUAAUUCGACGGUAGCGCCUUCACCAGCAGGCUCAGAAUCACCGCAGACACAACUCGCAAAUCUGUCUCCAUUUUUCAAGAUUCUUUACCACCGUUUACUACUACUAAUAUCACGUCCAAGGUUGUCCCUGGAUCAGAGCACGCCAGAGUUUCAGCACGGUCUGCAAGUGUGCAUUCGAGCAUCUCGAAAUGUCUUGGCAGGAUUGAAAGCACAUCGUUCAGCCGGCCAGACGAUGUUCUUACCAGGUCUCCUUUCCGCCGCGUGGAUGAGCGGGCUGAUUAUUGCCUUCGCUUGCCAAUUGGGCAAGUAUCCGAAGGCAAGGGCUUGCGCAGACAUUCAUGCGUGCCUAGACCUGCUGACAUCGAUGAACACUCGUUGGUACACUGUGAAAAACUGUCACAAGACACUGACCUUGCUUCUGGGCAAUAUACAAUCACGAAAAGCAAGCACCAAUGGUCUCCUUGCUGUGCAAAAGCCUGACGGACCAUCACCUGUCAUACCUCCCGAAAAUGCAGAUCGUCCAGCAAAGCGUCGGCGGACGGAAACGAAUCCUCCCAAGGUCCAGAUGGCGGGCAUUCGUCGUCAAUCGACUUCCAACAAGGAAGACCACGACGUAACAAUGGACGCUGUGUCGCCACUUACAUCAACGCCGGGCAACACAGCCAGUAAUGUCUCUUCGCCAGCGAUGAACACCGCGAAUAACAACUCAGCCACUUCAGAUGCGCGCACAGCAGCAGGCCUGGCCGCCGCGCGACAGAAGCAUACACCUUCAGGAUGGUCGAACAGCAGCAUCGAUGCUUCAGCCAAUCCCACACAUAUGUACGAUCUCAGCCAAUUCAUCAAUCCGACACCACCGCCUGGGAUGCGUCGCUCUAAUAAUGACCCAGCACUGUCAGGUGGGAAAGCAGCAUCCUUCGCCUAUGGCAGCGGAUCUGCGCUUUACAACACACAGCAAGAAAUGGCCUUUGCGCAUAGCUCGAUGCAACUUCAAGAUUUGCCCAGUAUGAACACAACAUCGAGUGGUCAGAACAUUUCGGGAAUGAUGGACGAUCCAGAUCCCAUGUUCUGGGGUAAUGCCGACUUUGCGCUGGCUGAUGUAUUCGGCAGCGCAGCUUGGGAACAAAUGACGGCCGGAACACCAAGAGGUACGGCAGGGCAGGGUGGUCCAUGGGAUGGCCUGGGUGGUGUCUAG